AUGGAGCAUGCCAUUACCCCGCUGGAACCCCUGCUUCCCUCUGGGAGUUUGAAAUACUGCCUUGUGAUUCUGAACCAGCCUUUGGACAAAUGUUUUCGUCAUCUUUGGCACAGAGCUCUUUUAAGAGCCUGUGCUGAUGGAGGUGCCAACCGUUUAUAUGAUGUCACAGAAGGAGAGAGGGAGAGCUUUCUGCCUGAAUUCAUCAGUGGAGACUUUGAUUCUAUUAGGCCUGAAGUCAGAGAAUACUACGCUAUUAAGGGCUGUGAAAUUAUUUCAACUCCUGAUCAAGACCAUACUGACUUUACCAAGUGCCUUGAAGUGCUCCAAAAGAAGAUAGAAGAAAAAGAUCUACAGGUAGAUAUGAUUGUGACCUUGGGAGGACUUGCUGGACGUUUUGACCAGAUCAUGGCAUCUGUGAGCACUUUGUUCCAGGCGCCUCAAAUAACUUCUUUGCCAGUUAUAGUAAUCCAAGAGGAAUCUCUCACCUACCUACUCCAACCGGGAAAGCACAAACUGCAUGUAGAUACCGGGAUGGAAGGUGAUUGGUGUGGCCUCAUUCCUAUUGGACAGCCUUGCAAUCAGGUGACGACAACAGGCCUAAAGUGGAACCUCACACAUCAGAUGCUUGGUUUUGGAACACUAGUGAGCACUUCCAACACCUACGACGGAUCUGGUGUUGUGACUGUGGAGACCGACUGUCCCCUGCUCUGGACCAUGGCCAUCAAAAACUGA